GUCCAGCUCCACAAACCUUGUCGGCAUUCCGUGCUCGCAUUCUGACAUUCCGAGGCUGACGCUACUCGCCUCAGGUCGAAUGCAUUUUGGGAACUCCGCAGGAGUAUUGCCGUAAGCGGGGAAGGCCUUGUAAAACGAAUGCGUGAUUUUGAGUAUUCCCGUUCAAAGUCGGGUAUAUACAAGCGCGCUAGGACUGUUGACAGACAAAGGACCAAGAAACGGCAUUCCCUCAGCGUCCCCGUGACCAGAUGUGUCAGAAGGCCUAAUAGUUCUGAGACCGACGAGGAUGAUGUCCAAAUAUACUCUAGAGAACUUUGUGGUCUCCCCGUCUCCCGUCAAAAACGAGCAUCGAGCCUCGGUCCUUUAUCAGAAUAUAUGGAUCAAGCAUCCACCCGCUCUUCGUCUUCCAACGAUGACGCAGACGAUCUUUCUCGCCGCUCCUUUAACAGCACAUUCCACCCUGACGCAUUGCAUUCAACAUCAUCAUCUCCAGCAUAUAAAUAUUCUGCUUAUACCACGGCAUUUAGUCCACCUCUAUCUGGCCCUUCAUCGAGCUCUCUAGCUUGUUCCUUUGAUGCACUACGUUCCAGUCCUAUACAAAACUCAAUCUCUCGAUCAUCUCAUCCCACUGCCGCAUCCUCUGCAUCCAGCCAAGAAGAUGUGACUUUGACCUCUUCUGCCUCGCGGACUGAAAAGGCCAUUGCGGCUCUCAGUCUGGCUAUAGCCAACGGUGCGGCAGGUCUAGGCGACGACACCCUUCGUGAUAUUCCUUCUGUUAUAAUA